AUGCCAGCCUUCGAACACUUUAGCAAUCACCUUCCAGCGACAGAAGACGAUAUUGAUUUCACAGAUAUCGAGGAAAAAUAUCAAGUUCCUUUCGAAGAGGGCUUUGAUACGAUCAUUGUUGUUGAUAAUGUACCAAUUGUUGAUGAGAGUAAAAAAGAUAAAUUAUUGAAAUUCAUAAAAAAAAUUUUCAAAAAUGCUGGGGACAUUAAAGAAUCAGGCAUUAACAUGCCAAUGGAAGUUAAUCCAGAAACUGGAGAUAUGACUUCGAAAGGGUAUCUUUUUCUCGAAUUUGAGACGGCUGAUCAAGCAAUUAUGGCAAUAAAACAAUAUGAUGGUUACCCAAUGGAUAAAACUCAUUAUCUCGCAGUAAAUAGGUUUACAGAUAUCGAAAAAUAUUCACAAAUCGAAGAGGAAUAUAAAGAGCCCGAAGAAGAAAAUUUCGUAGAAAAGGAACAUUUAAGAAGCUGGCUUACUGAUCCUCAAGCUCGCGAUCAGUUUGUUCUUUACCGCGGUGAUGAUGUGGUCAUAUUUUGGAAUAAAAAGUUAGAGCCACCAGAAGAAGUUCAUAAAAGAAAUAAUUGGACUGAAACAUACGUUCAGUGGUCCCCUUUAGGAACUUAUCUUGCAACAUUUCAUCGUCAAGGAAUCGCUUUAUGGGGUGGUCCCAGUUGGAAUAAAAUUAUUCGAUUUGUUCAUCCUGGUGUAAAGUUAAUAGACUUUUCGCCUAAUGAAAAAUAUCUUGUUACAUGGAGUAAUGAACCAAUAACAUUAGGACCUAAUGGUGGAGCCGGCACACCUUUUGGUCCAGAUGAUGAAGGAAAUCAAAUUAUUAUAUGGGAUGUUCAUGCUGGGGCUCUUCUUCGAUCAUUUCCUACAUCAACAAAUGCAGAUGGAGCUCCUAAUAAAAUUACUUGGCCUAUGUUUAAAUGGUCACCAUCUGAUAAGUAUUUUGCACGAAUAACACCUGGUCAACAAAUCUCUGUUUAUGAAACACCAGGAAUGGGUUUAGUUGGAAAAAAAAGUAUUAAGAUAGAAGGCGUGAAGGAUUUCGAGUGGGCUCCAAUAUCAGAUAAACAGAACCAAGAUAAAAAGCAAAAAGAAGAAUUACUUAGUUAUUGGACUCCCGAGAUUGGUAAUCAACCCGCUCGUGUGACUUUAUUGAAUAUACCGUCGAAAGAAAUUGUACGAACAAGAAAUUUAGUCAAUGUGUCAGAUUGCAAAAUGCAUUGGCAAUCUAAUGGUGACUUUUUAUGCGUUAAAGUUGGUCGGCAUACAAAAACCAAAAAGUCCACUUUUACAAAUCUUGAAAUUUUUAGAGUUCGAGAGAAAGACAUCCCAGUCGAAGUUAUCGAAGUUAAAGAUAUGGUGAUUGCUUUUUCAUGGGAACCUAAGGGGGAACGAUUUAUUAUUAUAACUACAAACGAUCCCAAUUAUGGACAACCCGCACAAGCCGGAUUCACUCUAAGAACCAACGUUUCAUUUUACUAUCUUGAAAAACCAAAACCUGGGAAAGGUGGUGACACGGUUGGAACCGCUAAUUUCAAACUUAUUAAAACACUUGAAAAAAAGACAUCCGAUGCUAUAUAUUGGUCGCCACAGGGUCGCCAUGUAAUUGUGGCAACUCUUCGUUCAUCUACAGUUUUUGACUUGGAAUUUUGGGAUUUAGAUUUUGAAGGAGUUUCUGAACAGAAAGAAUUUACAAAAGCUGAUCCCGCCGCCUCUCUACAACUUAUGAGUACUCAAGAACAUUAUGGUAUUACCGAUAUUGAAUGGGAUCCUACAGGCCGUUAUGUUAUUUCUAGUUCAAGUGUGUGGAGAAAUCCUAUGAUGGAAAAUGGAUAUACCCUUUGGGAUUUCAAGGGUUUACAAUUACAAAAACAUUUGAUGGACAAAUUUAAGCAAUUAUUAUGGAGACCUCGUCCAAAAAGUUUAUUGACAAGUGAGCAAAAGAAAAAAAUCAGGAAAAACCUCCGAGAAUAUUCUAAACAAUUUGACGAAGAAGAUUCUAUCGCGCUAACAUCAGUAUCUAAAGAAUUACUUGCACAUCGUCGUCGUCUUAUUGAUGAAUGGAAUGCAUGGCGCAAAAGAGUUGAAAAAGAACUUGCUGAGGAAAGAGAAAGAGCUGGUCUUCCACCAAUUCAAAAAAGGGAUACUGAAAAUAUGGAAAUUAUUGAAGAAUGGAUCGAGGAAGUUGUGGAAGAAACAGAAGAGAUUAUUGAAGACUAA